AUGAGAGGCGGAGCCACCGGUAAGAGAAAAGCGACGGAGGGUUUCGGCGGAGCGCCGCCACCACCUCCACCUUCGGUGGAGCACCAGCGCCAUCUCGUUAACUCAAGAGACUCCGACGCCAGUUUCGCCAGCAGCCGUCCAUCGUCGAUCGGUCUAGGCCGAGCCUCCGAUGUCUACAACGACAGAUCUCACCAGUCCUCGACUAUUCGAUCCAUCAACGCCUUCCUCUCUUCUCAUAACUAUCACACCACACUUCGCACGCACCCUGUUCCUCCUGUCAAGGAGAUCUCCGAAACCCUAAGAUUCUUGCUCUCCACCGUCGAUUUCCCCUGCGAUCCCCAGAAGUGGGACGAGGAUGUCGUCUUCUUCCUCAAAUCGCUCAAUUGUCCAUUCAAGCUCACCAAAUCUAGCCUCCGCGCUCCCAAUACGCCUCACAAUUGGCCCAAUGUCCUCGCCGUGAUUCACUGGUUAGUUCAGAGCGCUAGUUACCGCCAACAUUUAUCGACCAAUCCCGCCUCCGUGCCCGACGCUAACUCCAUGAGUUCCUUCGGGAUCCAAAGCUAUCGCCACUUCAUUCGCGGCGAGGACGAUUUGGUUAACGAACUAGAUUCCGAGUUCUUGGGUAAACUGGAAACGGAGAGGACUAACGUCGCCGAAACGAUUUCUGGCUGUGAGAAAACCUCCGGUGAACUGGAGGCUAAACUCGAGGCGUUGAGGAAAGGUCCGUCGAAGAAAGAGUCUCUGGAGAAAGUGAAAGCCCAUCUGGAGAAAGACGUUAACAAGUAUUGCACAAUGGUUGUGGGAUACACUGAUAAGACUCGAGGGAUGGAGAAGGUCGUGGAGGAGAAAGAGAAGGAGCUAAUAGCUAAGGAAGAAGAGAGACAGCGAAUCUCUGAAGAGAAUAAGGAGCUGAAGAAGAGUGUGGAGGUUCAGAGUUUCAACGUGAGAGAUGUAGAGAGGAUGAAAAGAGAGUUACAAGCCGUGGAAAGAGACGUCUCAGAAGCUGAAGGUGCUAGAGAUGGUUGGGAGCAGAGAGCUUGGGAACUCAAUUCCCAAAUUAGGAAUCAGUUUCAUCAGAUUCAGACGCUUGCCAUUGAUUGUAACCAAGCUCUAAGGAGACUGAAGCUCGAUAUUCAGUUUGCUGUGAACGAGAAUGGGGAAUCGCCUGCAGAGGUGAUGGGCGUGGACUAUAAGUCUGUGGUGAAGCCAGCUCUGUGUUCGUUAUACGAUGGGAUCAAGGGAAGCUCGCUGGAGAAGGCGGAGACGCUGACCACGUCUCAACACCAGGCGUCUGAAAUGGCUUCGAAGAUGGAAUCGAGAAAGAGUCUUCUCGGGUCGAUUCAGUCGCAGAUCAAUGAACUGGAAGAAAAGAUGGAGCUAGUGAAGAAGGAAACUCAGGACUUGGCUACGAAAUGCGACUUGGAGGCGAAAACAAUGGCAGAGAGUGUGAAAACUGAGGCUCUUAAUCUAGAGGCCGUGGAGAAAGAAGCUGCCGAGUUUUUGAAAGCUUCAGAGCUCAGAUUGCAAGAAGCAGUGAAGCAGAGUGAAGAGAAAGUUCAAGCUUUUGCCGCACAACUCUUUGCACUCAUUGAUUCGAUAUCGAAGCAUAAAGAGUAUAUGGAUUCGAAGAUGCUUGAGGUGAAAAAUGGUGUUACUGAUACUGCCAAUGCUGUUUCAGAGAUAUAUAAAGCGAACCUCAAGAAGCAACUUGGUUGCUAG